UGUUUAAAUUAAAUGUAUAUUUUGUUGCUGUUUUUAUUUUUUCAUUUAAGGUACAACAUAUCAGCGUCUCAGCUGACUCACAUGCGUGAAUUAGGAUUUAGCUGGAUGGCCAUAUCUCGAGUGCUAUCUGUGAAUAUUCGAACACUGUACAACCACAGGAUACAGCUGGGACUUUUGGACUAUGGGAGUUUCAGCAACAUUUCCAAUGCUGCUCUUGAUCAUCUUAUAACAGAGGUUCUAAGACAAACCCCUGGGUCAGGAGAGACCUACAUCACUGGUAGCCUGAGAGGGAGAGCAAUCAGAGUUCAGAGGUGGCGGAUUCGAGAGCGGCUACGAAUAAUAGAUCCAGUGGGAAGAGCAUUAAGACAUAGAAGGGCGAUUCAGCGGAGGAUCUAUGAUGUCUGUGUCCCUAACCAACUCUGGCAUGUUGAUACAAACCACAAGUUAAAUCCAUGGGGAUUUGUUUUGCAUGGAGGAGUGGAUGGAUACAGUCGCUGCAUUACCCACCUCAGAUGUGUCACAGACAACACAGCAGCAACUGCUUUGCAACUUUUUCUGGAUGCUGUCAGUCAAUAUGGACUCCCCCAUCAUGUCAGGGGUGACGCUGGUAGUGAGAACAUGCACAUUGCACGAUUUAUGAUUGAGAAUCGUGGUGGAAACAGAGGUAGUUUCAUGGUUGGGCGGAGUGUACAUAACCAGAGAAUAGAAAGACUGUGGAGAGAAGUGAACAGGGUAGUGUCAGCAUACUAUAAAGGCCUUUUCCUCUUCAUGGAAAAUGUUGGACUUCUAGAUAGCACAGACCCACUUCACAUUAGGGCUCUACACCAUAUUUAUCUUCCACGAAUAAACAGAUCUGUGGAUGAGUUUAAAAACCAGUGGAACCACCACAGCUUGAGAACAAUGGAAAACAGGUCGCCACUACAACUGUGGACAGUUGGAAUGUUGCAGCUUCCUCAACAUCAAAGACAACCACAUGUUGUGCAAAUGCAACACCCUCAUGCUCUCCAGCAUCAAGACACUGUGCUAAGGCGAAUUAAUCCCUUGAUUGAUGAUAGAAAUCAUGGGAUAGAACCUUUUAUUGCAGCAUGUCAUUUACUUCAAAUAAAUCCAUAAUCCAUGUACUUCUGCAUUACCUGUUUAUACUCCAAAUGUAAUUAGGGGUUUUUCUCCUUGAGAAUGCAAGUCU